AUGUCGGCCUACGAGUACCCAAAAUUCUCUCGCUCCGACAUCAUCACGGUGCUCGCGGAGGCUCAGAUCGCCACCGUCACGGACGCCGAUCUCAAAAACCCUAAUCCCGACUUGGUAUCCGAGCUUUACAGCAGACUUCUCAUCUAUCUCGACAUGCUCAACGAAGAAGACAAAGGUCAAGUUGAUUUUGAGGCUCUUGAGCAACUGGAGAAUCCAGAUCACCAUGCGACCUCAGUGCAAGCUAUAAAUCUGUACAGCAAAGUGAAAGAUAUGUUAGAUAUGGUUGAUUGUCCUCUAAAGUUCACUUUCAAGGACCUCUUACGCCCUGAAUCAUCACGCACCGAGUUCUUCGUCAGCGCACUCUUGAAUUUCGGUCUACACAAGGAUUCAAAAAUGGAGCAAGUAAGGGCAAAGGCAGAAGAAUUGACUCUUCUUGAUGAGCAGAGGAAGCAGUGGGAGGCGAAGAUUGCGCAGUUGAAUGCAGAGAUUGCAGAGUUUGAUGAAGCCUGUGAGAGAGACUCACCGUUUGUUAAAGAGCUCGAAGUGAGUAUUGAAGAGCUCAACCAGAAAAUACUAGGACUGAAUAAUCAGCAGCUGUCACUGAGAGCAACGUUCCAUGAUAUGAGAGAGAAGAGUACGGAAAUGGAUAACAAGAUUUCCAAAGCAGAGUUCGACCUUGUACAAGCUGUCCAAGAAAAUGCAAACCUCCGCUCACAAAUUGUUCAAUCCCCAGACAAAUUACAGGGGGCUUUAGAAGAGAAGAAACAAGUGCUGGAGGAAACAAAGAAAGCUGAACAAUUAGCAAUAGAAGCUUUCCAAGAAAAGGCUUCCAUUCUUGAGGUGUAUGAAAAGGCAUUCAAGAAAAUUUCAAAGUCAUCUGCGCAACUGCAGUUAAUUAACGAACAGGUAACCAAUGUGAAAGCAAUUGAGAAAGAUUUAAAAGCUCAGAAAGCAAAGCUGAGUGAGGAUGAGGCAAUGUACAAGUCACUUGAGGCGAAAGUGAUUGAGAGGGAAAGAAUAGUGAAACAGUUGCACGAGUCAUUGAAGCAGUUAGAGAAAGAGAAAGCAGUCAUGUUUGAUGAUUGGACGAAACAGUUGAAUGCAUUAAAACUGGAAGUCGAAUCCAAAAGAGGUGGUCUUGAAGCCAGGCAAACGGAUGUUGAAUCAGUUUUGGCUAUGGCUGAUGCGAAUACUGCCAAGACUGACCAGGUGAAACAGUCAGGAGAAGCUAAAGUGAAACGCUUAGCCGCUAAAUACGAAGAGAUCGUGAAGCAGUUUCAUAAUUACACGGUGUCGUUUGAAGAGUUUCUGCCUAAAGAAGGAGAAGGCAUGCUUGACUGA